CAUUGUUGAAAAUCUAAUCAUCGGAUCGUAACGUUACGAAAUAUAAUUAAUGUGUUAACACUACAUGACUCCUUCCAUCGAACACACUAAAGUGUACACGUAUGUAAGCUAAGGGAUGAUAGACAUGUGAGAAACAUUAUAAACGAUUACAGUGUGUGUUGAAAGGAUCCAGCUUAUUUAUUAAUUGAGCUUCGUCGUAUAAUGUUAAUUUCCACAUCAACAAUGCCUUCAACGUCGUUAAAUAGUUCUCGUAUACCAAGUCCCAUCAGUGAUACUUUUGAUGACAAUCCGAGUAGAUUAACUAAGUACUUGCAUCAAUUAGCUGGGUGCUAUGAAACUGAAAUUGAUGUGCUUGCAAAAGAUCAUUGUUACGCUCGUCCAUGGAAUUGGAGGCCAGAAAAUGUCUAUGCAAAGCCAAUAAAAAAAUUGUUUUUCCCCAAGAAAGAUUUAUCAUCGGAUAAAGGUACUCCGGAUGAAGACAUUGAUAUCGAAGAAGAUAUCAACGCACCAAUGGUGCCACCAAUUGAUUUUACAAGAGUCAAACACCAGAUGGAUGAAUUACAACAAUUGUCAAACUUUGCUAGACCAGAUGAGAAUGAUGAUUGGGAAGAGAAACUUGAUAAAAUUUUGUGGACGCCUGUUCAGAAUCGUAUAUUCACCAAAGUAUUAAAAAUAUUGAAUUCAGAGAGACUUACAAGAUUAUCUAAGGUGAACAAUCCGAUAGAACCAAUUUAUCGGAGGACGUCAGUUGAUACAGCUGCAAGAAGAUUUAGAGAAACAUUGGCUUCGGCUGGCUGGGAUUGGAGAGUCGCUCAAUGGUUGCACCAUUUAUUGUUCGAUCAUCUCCCUCAAGAAUAUCUCGGAAUCUAUCUUGAUAUAUUACAAAAUUUAAGGCUGAAAAUCCCUCAGCUCAUCGAUAAGAUGAUUGCUGUGCAACCAAAUAUUAAUGCCAAGACUGGUUCUAUAACAUGGGAAACCCUUGGAUCACUUCUUAAACGUACAUGGGAUCCAGUUGCUCCAAGUUUAAAUAGCAAUAGACUAAAAAAGUUACCAGGUAAUCCGAUUUUAAUAAUAGUCCCAUCCGGAGUCGGAUUUAGCAUGUCAGCUCGGCAACAUAAGUGGAUUUCACAAUUAGGAGCGUUAGGAAUGGUCGUUACUGUUAAUACACAUUUAGGCUUAGCAGCCAAUAGAAUGACUAUGAUGGUUUGUAUCGAUCAGCUAGUUCAAGCCACCAGAACUAAAAUACAAGACAUUAGGAGUGACUGUCCUGGUAGACCUAUAAUUCUUGUUGGUUUUAAUACGGGUGCUGCUCUUGCUUGUCAGGUUGCACAAAUUGAACACGUAACUGCAGUUAUUUGCCUUGGAUUUCCUUUCAAUACAGCUGAGGGGAAACGAGGUACACCCGAUGAUACAUUAUUGGAUAUUCGAUGUCCAGUCAUGUUUGUCAUAGGGCAGUGUGCCACACUUAUAAGACACGAAGAUUUGGAAGAAGUCAGGGAAAAGAUGAUGGUUGAAACGAGUUUAGUCGUGGUCGGAACGGCCGACGACAAUUUAAGGAUAUCUACAGUGAAAAAGAUAUCGAAAGGUAUUACGCAAAAUAUGGUGGACAAGUGUAUCUUGGACGAGAUAGGAGAUUUCGUCGGGACUAUACUUUUACAACCACACCCAUUGCCAUUAAGAUCGACGUCGUUGUCGAACUACGAGAAUAAAAACAAUAGAAAAGAACGAAAACGAAGGAACUCUACGAGUAGUUCUGUCGAAAGUGAACCGACCUCACCCACCGUAAAGAAAUCCCGACCAAACACACCGAUUUCUACAGUGGUGUCCGUUGGUCAAAAUACACAGUCGACCGCGAUCUCUCGAGUAGGUACAUUCAGUACACAGUCGAACAUAAUUGCAGUUAGUGGAACACAUGCGAAUCAUACUCAAACUGUAAAGCGGAAACCUCGAGUUAUCAACAACCAGAAGGCUCCUUUUGUAGAACAUCUAAUAACAUCGAGACUUUCUGCACAGUCGAAUUCAAAUUCAGAUAACGGCGGCAUAACAUUGAACAUUGGCUCCUUAGCAAGCCUAGCGCCGAUCGGUCCGAUACGUCUAGCUCCAACGUCAUCAGGCCAAGUUGUAUCUGCGGCGAUUAAAACUAUUCCUAAACAAUCAGUCGCAUCGAAUAAAGUGCCUAAAAUUGUAUCAAACGUACAAUUGCAGAACGUAUCGAAAAUGAAAACCAUUGUAUCAUCGGGUAAAGGUUUUCCUAAAGUGAUAUCGCACAAUUAUAGACAUCUCAAUAUUCCGGAUAAAAGCGGUGAUACGAAGCUAGUUAACGUACUGACGACGUCGGGAAGCCAGAUCAGAGUUAACACUUCGAAUGCAGCAGCGAUCCAUAGCAAGUCUACGGUCGGCACGUCGAAUGGAACAUUGUCAAAUAUCUUACAAAAUGGAAAAAAUUCGCUCGCAGUCGCUAGUAGUUCGUCAUCUGCACGUGUAUCAGUACCUCCCAGCAUUUUACUAACACCAUGCACAAGCACUUCCGUGACAACUAGUGUUCCGUCCACUACAUCGCCGAUAACAAAAGUGAUGGACGACAUGGCAACAACCAGUAGCUCUUCGCACGCGAUGCUCACUUCUACUCAUUCCUUGGAUACAUUCAAGAAAUCACAAUUACCUCGACAAGUAACGACCAGUAAUAAGAACGAUAAUAAUAAUUCUCAUAAUGCGUCAUGCGGAAAUAUAAUCAUGGUCGAGAAUUCCCUUAACGCUAAACCUGCUUGUUCACCGAUGAUAGUGCCAAUAAGCAGUCACGGUUCAGGAACAAUUGUACCGCUGUCUAAUAAACUAAAAGUUGCUCAAUCCACGAAAACGAUGCCAAAGAUCACGGUGAACGCGUCCAAUUUACAAAGAAUCCACAAGCCACAGAUCGUGCAGAAACAUUCGCUCGUAAACGAGAUCGACGACGAUUUAGGUAACAUAUUAGAUAUACCAAUAAUAUUUGCAAAGGACGAUGACAAUUUAAAUUCUAUCGAGAAGAGUCCAUCGGUGUCUCAGACCGUGCCCGUAGACGUUCACGAGAAAAACCCGACCAAAUUAACCAGCAACACGAAAGUUGUUCUAAUAAGCAACAAACAGGACAAACAAUCGGCUAACAAAUUCGUCACACCUUCUCAAGCCAUCAUAUGUCCUAAUGCAAAUACACAGAAUUUGAAUCAUAUAAUAUUACAGACGAAACACCAGAACCCUGUGUUGUCGAAAACUAAAACGAUCCCGAUACAAACCCGUUCGAGUCAGCCUACUGUUAAAUAUACAAAAAUAAUUCUUGCAAAAAGAAAUUCUCAGACGUAUCAAAAUGACAAGAGCGAGCAAGUCAUUUUAACGAAGCCGCUUGAUAAAAUGAACGCUAAAUUGUUAAAUGUUGAUGCGAGCGAGCAUCGGUACGCACAGGUCACGACAAAAUCAAAGAUUGAAGAUAAUACAAUAGGCGAAACGUUAGAAAUAGAGGACGCUAUCAAAAUGAACAUCAUAGAACGGAAAAGAAUUGAAUUACCGUCACAGACAAGUGACAAUAUAAAAGAUGGUUUGAUUGAAACAACAUUAAAUGAUGAGAAUAAGUCGGAAUGUACUAAAGUGAAUAAUGUAACAAAUUUGUAAAUAUAAGAUAUUUAACUCUAAUUGUAUGUACAUAUGAGAGCGAGUCUGUACUCUAGUUACGUGAAAAUCUAUUGUACAUCACAGUAA